UUGGAGCUGUGUUGGUUUGGCUUUUACCCCCAGUGUGGAGUUGAAGCCGUCCCUGUGCUUCGCAUACACUCUGCAUAUCACAAGAUUUGGUCUCUCCUCUCUCUUUUCUGGAGCUGCUGUAGGACUGGCUAUGGCCACCGCUACUUCCGGGAUCCGUCAUUUCAUUCGCCCACCGCUCAGCGCUGCGAACUGACUCUGUUUCUAUAAGCAAGCUAGCAGCCAACCUGCCAACACUCGCUGACACUCACUCAUCUCAGUCUCGCCAGAUAGACGAAAUACCUACGGGGGAAAGAAAGGAGAGAUCUGAAUCGCAGUCUCUUAAUUUCUACUGCUUUUUUCUUUUUUUUUUUUUUUACAGUGAUAAUAAAACAAGAUAGCGAUCUGGAGGCAUUAAAGGAGACGCGGACUUGCGGGAUGAAAACGGACUAAAAAGAUUCGUCCUUCUCUUGAACAUCAUCACCAACCGUCAUUCAUUCAUUACCUUGACAACCUCUGGCUUUGAUUGACAGCUGGAGUGGCAAAAAGCCAUGAGACACGACAGUUUAGUUACAUGCAGGUUGUUGAUGGGCCGAUUGUAACCUUCACUUUGGCGCAUUUUUUUUCUUUUUUUAAGAGGAAAGAGGGAAAACGAGAAAAAUUGCAAAACUCCCUGAUGCUACGAUUUCAACUGAACCACACUGGCGAAUAGGAGAAGUCGCAAAGUUGGUUGAAAAAGGAAUCUUGCCUCUAAAUCACUUUCUAAACGGGACUGGGAUAUUAAAUAUACGACAGAUUCAGGAGUUUAUUGGAGCGCAGCCUGAUGGCGCAAAGGUACGAUGAGCUGGCCCACUACGGUGGGAUGGACGGAGUCUCGGCGUCGAUGUACGGGGACCCACAUGCUCCCCGGCCGCUUCCCCAGGUCCACCACCUGAACCACGGACCGCCGCUGCACGCCAGCCAGCACUACGGAGCCCACGCUCCGCAUCCAAACGUUAUGCCCACCAGCAUGGGCUCUGCUGUCAACGACGUUUUAAAGAGGGAUAAAGAUCAAAUUUACGGUCACCCUUUAUUCCCACUGCUCGCGCUGGUUUUUGAGAAGUGCGAGUUGGCGACGUGUACUCCGAGGGAGCCCGGCGUAGCAGGCGGCGAUGUCUGCUCCUCAGACUCCUUCAAUGAGGACAUUGCAGUCUUUGCCAAACAGGUCCGAGCAGAAAAACCUUUAUUUUCAUCAAAUCCAGAGUUGGACAAUUUGAUGAUACAAGCCAUACAAGUAUUACGAUUUCACCUCUUGGAAUUAGAAAAGGUGCACGAGCUCUGCGACAAUUUUUGCCACCGGUACAUCAGUUGUUUGAAAGGAAAAAUGCCAAUAGAUCUAGUUAUUGACGAACGGGAUGGCAGCUCAAAAUCAGAUCACGAAGAGCUCUCGGGAUCGUCGACUAACCUCGCAGAUCAUAACCCAGCUUCCUGGAGAGACCAUGAUGACGCCACCUCCACACACUCAGCCGGCACACCGGGGCCCUCCAGCGGGGGACAUGCUUCACAGAGCGGUGACAACAGCAGCGAACAAGGAGAUGGCUUAGACAACAGCGUUGCAUCGCCUGGCACAGGGGAUGACGAUGAUCCGGACAAAGAUAAGAAGAGGCAGAAAAAGCGUGGCAUUUUCCCCAAGGUGGCCACUAACAUCAUGAGGGCGUGGCUGUUCCAGCAUCUCACACACCCAUACCCUUCUGAAGAGCAGAAGAAGCAGCUAGCCCAAGACACAGGCCUCACCAUCUUACAAGUAAACAACUGGUUCAUUAACGCCAGGAGAAGAAUAGUACAGCCCAUGAUUGACCAGUCCAAUCGAGCAGGUUUUCUUCUUGAUCCUUCAGUGAGCCAAGGAGCAGCAUACAGUCCAGAGGGCCAGCCAAUGGGCAGCUUCGUGCUGGAUGGUCAGCAACACAUGGGGAUCCGACCAGCCGGGCCUAUGAGUGGAAUGGGGAUGAAUAUGGGCAUGGAUGGGCAAUGGCACUACAUGUAACCUCCAUCUUGUAAAGCAAAACGCAAAGAAAAAGGGGGAAGUCUGCCAGGCAUGCCAGGGGAGUACGUACCUCAGAGCGGUCCUAUGGGCAUGAGCAUGGCCCCACCUACUUACACCAACCCUCAUCAGAUGACUUCUCACCCUUCCCGACACGGACCCCCUCUCCACGCGUACCUGCCCGACCACCCCCACGCCCACCACCCUCAUCACCAUCCCCACCACGCCAUGCUGAUGCAUGGAGGACCCUCAUCGCACCCAGGAAUGACCAUGUCUGCACAGAGACCCCCUUUGCUCACUCCCAUCGACCCCAGUACUGGAGGACAAGGCCUGGACAUCCAUGCCCAAUAGUAUAAGGGAACUUUGCUACCACCACCACAACAGCAGCAGCUACUACAAGAAACCAGUUUUUAAAAAAAAAAAAGAAAAGAAAGCAGCAACCCACAAUAAAUCCUAUUUUGAGACUAUUUUUAAGAAUAAAAAGCAAACCCUUUUGACCAGAAUUUGACACUAAAGAAACAGAAUUCCAGAUGAGCUGUGAUAAAUCUUUUUUUGUUUUUGUUUUUUUAGACUUGUCAAUUUUGUUACUUUCAUCCAAACGGAGGACCAAGCUGACAAGAACACUUUGUAAAGUCUUGGGCUUUUGGUAAAGAUCAACAGAGGAUGUUUUGACGUACACGUGUGCAAAGAACGGACAGAUGCACACGCUCACAGACACACACUUUUCAACACACUCACUCACUCACACACCAUCCUAAACACGUUCAGUAGACUUUCAUGUGACGCGCUCAAACACUUCUAAAAUAAAAAUCACUCUGGAAGAUUUAAAAAAGAAACAACAGACUCCAAGAGUUAGAACUACUGUAGUAUAAAAAGUAUAGAUAAAUAAGUUAAAAACUUGUGCAUUUUUUUCGUUGAUCACAUGGUUUAUGUUUCUUGAGCUAGUUUUAGAAUUAAAGGUUAACCCUUUCUCUCUCACACUGUGUGUGCUCCUUCCUGGAGGAGAAACUGUCUCGCAGCACAGCACUAUAAAAGAAAAAGAAAAAACAACAAGAAGAUGGAACAUCUCAAACCAUAGAGGGCAAUCAGAUCCUGUCCCCCAUAAGAACAGGGCAUGAUGGGAAAAGGCUGCUAAAUGACACCGGAUCUCUCCAGAAGAUUCAGUUUGAACAUUUGUCAUGCCCCUCUUCUUUUUUUUUUUUUUUUUUUGGUUCAUGAAUGAAUGUUGCCCUGUAGGUUUUAAAGGAAAAAAAAAAGUUAUUUGUUUGAAUUGCCCAAGCACUGGAUUGUGUUGGUUUUAUACAUUUUUAUUUUAAUAUUAUUUUAUUUUUUUGUACCCUGGACUCUCAUUGGUUAGAGCCUAUUGAAGGAAGCUUAACAGUGGAAAAGCAACAUCCUACGGCGCUUCUUUAUCUGCAGAUCAACAUUCUUGCCAUAAGGACAAUACUGACACAAACGUUGAUUCUGCGGCACUGGAGAAGCAUUUGAUGGUUGAUGCACCAAAAAACCUAAAACUAAAAAAAAAAAAAAAAAAAAAAAAAAAAAAACUUAAAUUAUGAACUCAAUGCUUUUGGGGGAAAAAAAGCUGAGAGAAUAUUGUAACAAACUUCGUACAGAGUUCAGUCUAUUAAUUGUUUCAUGUUAGAUAUUCUAUGUGUUUACCUCAAUUGAAAAAGAAUGUUUUUGCUAGUUUCAGAUCUGCUGUGGCAUUGAUAUUGUAUGUCCAUGAAUUCCUUCCUUUUUCAGCACGUGUUCCUCACUAGAUGAUAAGAUGCCGUCUCCCUUAAGCUUUGUCAAAAAUACAUUAAAUACUUGUAUGAGGACUGUGACGUAAUGUUUAAAAGGUGUUCAGUCACAAAUGCUGUAAUAAAUAUUUCAUUUUUGAUUUUUGUUA